AUGUUCAAGUCUAUCUUCGUCUUCGUCGCCCUCUUCGCUGUUGCCUUGGCGCAAUCCAACGUCCCAGUUGCCAUCCCAGUUGCUGUUCCUGUUGCCGUCCCCGUCAUGGUUCCAGUUAUGGUUCCUGUCAUGACCCCAGUUGCUGCCCCAGUUGCCACCGGAAAGGCACCCAAGGCCGCCAAGAAGGCCAAGACCCCAACUGUCUCUGCCGCCAAGGGAUCCAAGUUGAGUGCUUCUUCUGCCUCCUCCAAGUCUUCCAGACGCUACUUGAACCAGAUGCAAUAA